AGUUUCUCUCGUACCGCCCUUAGUGGGGGGCGAAGUAAAGACAGAUGUGCUAACAUUUGCGUGCCAUAUGGUUCGCUAACGACGACACUUCUCCCUACUUUCUUGCUUUCCUGGGCUUUCCGUUCUGUCUGACGUUUCCAGAAAACUCCGAAUUCUUUAGAGUGCCCAAAAAUAUGUCAGGAGCGCCGACGAUCAUGCGGCGUCAACCAGUCUACCAACCACUUUGAGACAUAAUUUCCACUAGGAAGGAAGAAUUCAGUGAGGGAAAAAAUAAUCCAGUUGUGGAGAAAUGUUCGAUUUCAGAGAAGGGGAACCUGAAGCACAUUAUCGCCGUUGUUCCGCUGCCGAGACUUGCGGUGACGAAGAAGAGCGGGGAACACAGAAUAAAAUGUCUGGAAAUGGAGGAGUUCCGACUGGGGAAGAGGGCUUUGAUACCGGCUUCUCUGACCUUUUGGAACACAAAGUCCGGACGUAUGCAGGUAGUUCUACUGGUGAAGUAACACUGCACCACACACGCCCUCAAGUCCCAGGGAACUCACCGUCACCUACGAAAACCACAGAAUCAGGAUGCACGAAAUCGUCGUCCGCCGUCGGAAAGACGCCCAGGGAAAUGACAGGCCCUCACCCUAUUUCGUCCUCUACUACAUACGACCUUCUGCGUCCGCAGUCUUCCACGAGUGACAGAAGCGGUUGCGUCCCUUUCAUUAGGAAUUCACACGGUCGAAGUGGAGAACAAGGGAGGGCAUCAGAAAGCCACAACCGUCGUUUAGCUGUGCAGAAAAAGGGAACAAUUGACAAAGUUGGUGCAUUCUUUGAAGAAGUUGAAGAAUUGAACGGAGAACCGAACUCUACCCCUGUCUUAGUUGGCGCAAAACGGCGAAACUGUGAGCAAGGGGUCGGAACAAACAGUGAGGACACCCCGUCGCCACUCUAUUAUACGGGCGAAGAAAACGAAAGAGAGGCUCUGGAGGAAAGAGAUGGCGAUAUAAAGUACAACGGGCGUACCCGGACAGACACUAGUGGAGAAGAUGGGCGAAACUAUUGCUGUCACGUAAACAAUGGAGAGAGGAGGGACGUGGAUGAGGCUGACGUCGAAGACGGCGGCAUGGUGGAGCCCGAGAAAUUCCAUGCCAAAACUCCAGAAAACCAUGUGCGAGCAGUAAACGACGAUAAACCAGACCUGCAUCGUAUUCCUUGGGAGUAUUCACGGACCUUCAAAACGCUGAUUUCGCCUCUCCGAGGAAUCGCAAAAAAGCUCUCCGAGUUGAAGAAGCGUUCGUCUGAUGCAAUGGACAGGGCGUUCAGUCGACAUGCCCUGUUGGUUUACAAUCAUGCGUGGCAUUUUAUUGUUAUAUCUACACUUUUAACUGCAAUAAUGUCUCUCGGUAUCGUUUUCCGCAAGCACGAAAAUGACAUGUACAAGCUCUACAGUUAUUCAGGCGCUCCAAGCAACUUGGUCAAAGCCCAACUCCUCAAACACUUUGCCCCAGUUCGGACAACCUACAUCGUGGCUUUUAGUCGAGAGAACCACAUAACACCAGAGAGCCUCCAGGGACUGAGUGACAUCGACCAAAAAGUGCGCAAUCUAACGGUGGUACGUGACGACGUGACUGUCGAUGAGUUUGGUGACCCCUUAGCGAGACAAAAAGAUUUCAAUCCUCAAACGUUUCCGAAACGUAUAACAUUCCAGGACCUGUGCGCACGGGAUUCAUGGGGGGACUGCAAUGUUAUCUCAGUUCUAGAUCUUUACACCUCUCCACGCGUCUGGGGACGCCCGAUCGUAUCUCGAGAGUGGCCAGUUGUUGUAAAUGUCCGAACGAAAAAGGCGUACCGUGCAGAUGCAAUGCUCGGAAAUAUGACUGUGGUUGAGAAGCCUCAGGGAAACGGUUUCGUCCACAUCAUUAGAAAUGCCACAGCGUUCGGAAUACGAUACGACUUCGUCGGCGAACACGGAUGGCAGCACUAUAGUGCAGCUUUGGAGAAAAGCAUUGAGCACUUGGUGGAAAGUUCCGAGAUUCCCGGCAUGCGGCUCUCCCUGAAAACGGAGAGAUCAAUCAGUGACGAGUUGAGUAGGUCCUCAGAGAUGGGAGAAUGGGAGAUGAUCCUGUUGGCCCUCGCCGUCUUUGCCGUCCUGUUGUACACCGUGAUUGUGAACACAACCUUCACUUACCGAACGAAAAGUUUACCUGGUCUCAUGGGAGUCGCCUCGACAUUAAUGGGGUAUGCAGGUGGGGCCGGAUUCAUCUAUUUCUGCGGCUUACACCAUACUCCUCCUGCUGAGGCGACACCUUUCCUCGUUUUGGGAAUAGGAGUUGACAACGCCUUCGUUCUCAUAAAUUCCUACAGCCUAACUUUCUUAAUCCCUGACCCGAGAGAGAGGAUCCGCCACACAACACGCGACGCCGGAUUAUCGAUCACCUGUACAACAAUGACAAGUGUAACAGCCCUCAUUAUUGGCGCCGCCUCGCCAUAUGAAAGUAUUGCCAUGUUUUGUAUUAUCACGGCUUUCUGCUUAUUCUGGGGAUAUGUGAUGUCACUCACAUUCUUUCUCGGCUGGCUUGUUUUGGACUGCCGCAGAGAAGUGGCGCACGUGAAGAGGAAGACGCUUGCGAGCGCAAAACUCAAAGGAGAGGAAGAAAUAGUGUCUGAUGAAGAGGGAGAAAUGAUGAAAGGAGAGUUUCACGUAGGUGAAGGUGGAUAUAAGAAAGGGCAUUUCGCUGUCGAAGAUGACGACAGUGACAGUCACAUUCUACUGAAGAAGUGCACGACAGCAAAGUCAACUCAGCCUCUUAUCUGGGGAUCCAAGGGUUAUGAAGAUGUGCUUCUGGCUCUGGAGUUGGAUGGCAGAAAAGAGGAGAAACACCAGACGAAACAAUUUUCAGAGGAGGAAGCAGACAAACAAAAAGAGCAAGAUGUGCAUGGACCUAACGAUGUUUCAUUCGACCGGCAACGCAAGGAAGGACGCUCACUGGGAGCCGCGUUCAAGGACUGCCAUUCGAGGGUCCAAGUCGAUAGAAGAAAACCUGCUUCAUCGCUUUAUCUGAAAGAACAAGGUGCUCGUAAUGACGAGUCGGUCUCAGUCGCGCAUACCGCGUUUUCUGACACUCGGUUCCGGAAUGGACACGCAGCUCCACGGACGGAAGAAGAGAGAGAGGAAGCACAAGACCAACUGUCAAUCGACGCAGAUCGAGAAAAAGGUUCAGAAAAUGAAAUGUGCAUUCAGAAUUUCUCUGCCGCCCUGGCUCUCAAGAAAAGUGGAGACUAUCACCAGGUCCUGAGCCCCGAUUUCACUCCUCAGUUUCGCGCUCCUUCGUCGUCUUCGUGUUGUUCUUCAUCUGUAGGACCCGCAAGCGAAGUAUCUUUCAAAGAGAACCCCGCAGAGCAGGCUGCCCUACUCGCGCGAUUCCGAAAAAUGUCCACUUUUGGUCUAGUGUCUUUGAUGGUCUUCCGAACCGACCACCGGCAGGCACUGAAAAAGGCGAAAAAGAAGAGAGCUGCACUGAAGAAGAGCAAAAGCGGGCCUAGAUCCCGGUCGCCUGGACCAGGGAGAAUGUCCAGAAAUAACAAACGGGGCGAAUCUUUGUGGUCCGAGAAUACAAAAUCUGACGACGUCAAAACAAAGUUGAGGAGACUGACGGGAAGGCUUUUCUGGUGGCGGUCACAGAGAGUAGAAACUCAGACAACUACACUGCUUGCAGAAAGCGACGUCGUCAGACGAGAAACGAAAGGCGACAAGAAUCUCGAUUUCCCAACGCCCCUGACGAGAGGAUCCAGUGUCCAUCCUGGCGACGACAUGAGCGAACGUGAAAGGGUACCGGUGGGAGUAGAAUAUGAUUCGGAGCAGGUAAACCGAGGUGCCGUCCAAGUUCUUCUUCCGGACCCUUCCAUGACGCCGGACCCAUCCGGGAGCUGGGCAGAAACGGCAAGUGCGGCUGGCGGCGGUCGUGGAGGAGAGAAAUAUAUCACAAUCAACGACGACGAACUCGAGGAAUUCCUUGAUAGGCAUGUCAAGGAGCCGAAAGGAAAUGUCGGACGUCUCGGAAGAGCCUUCCUGACUACGUACUACUGCAGAUGGCUCGCAUCAGGAUGGAUCCAAGCUCUCAUUACACUUGGCUUCGCUCUGGUGUGCGGCAUCUCCAUCUACGGCUUCACGCUGAUUGAACCGGGCAUCACGGUCGACGAAAUUUGCCCGAAGGAUUCUUAUCUGAGAGUUUUCUUCGACGUCCGAUCCACCUACUUUAGCACCCUGGGUGAAGAAAUCUCAGUUUUCUUCGCAGAUCCGGAGCGCUGGGAAUCUAAGGCGGUACAGGAUAAACUGAUGGAAGUCCACGAGUCGAUUUACCUCUCACAUCACGCCGUUGCGGUUCACAAUGGAAUGUACGAGUUCCUCAAAUACAAGCAGAGCGAACUCGUUGACGGUGAUAAAAGCCUCUUUACAAAAACGAUGCCACACAUGGAAAACACCAGCGUGCUGUACGGAUGGCUUGAGGAAACAAGGACGAUUUUGAACGAAGCACAGGAAUUCUUUCACGGCCAAGCCUUCACGCCUCUCGCCAUUCUCUGGGAGAGCGACCCACAAAUUCUCGGCUGCACCGUCUCAAAUCUGUUCUAUGCACUAGUGGCAAUCGUGCUGAUGACUGUUUUACUGAUUCCCAACUUCUUAUCCAUGAUCAUCGUGGCUGUCACAGUCUUCUUCGUGGAUAUGGCACUCUUUGGGUUUAUGGCCAUCUGGGGCCUGCGCCUCAACAUGCUCACCAUGGUGAUUCUGCUUCUUGCAAUUGGUUACAGUGUUGACAGCACGACACACGUUCUGAACGCUUUCACACACUGCUGCGGACAGACACGGAGAGACCGAAUGAAGGAGACUAUGGUUUUAAUGGGAAACGCCAUUGCGAACGGGAUGCUUUCGACCCUGCUUGCUGUCUUCUUUCUUAUGGGCUCCGACAAAUUCGUUCUGGCGGUCUUUUUCAAAAUGAUGAUCUUGGUCCUUACCUUUUCCUUCGGAUUCGGGUUCGUAUUUCUCCCCGUGUUGCUUCUGUACGUCGGCCCGAUGCCUGAGAAUGAGUCCAUUGUUCAAUUCGUCGACACCAGAACUGCCAAAGCGAAGGGAUCGCGAGCGUCGCUGCGCGCACUAACAAAUCGCACGGGCGGCGGGUCGAGCAGCCGCCGCAUGUCUUGUGCUUCUGGGGGUUUUGGCAGCGGUCGCCUUUCCUCUUUGAUCGACCGUCGUCUGAGCAGCCGCAAAAGUGGCAAUCCGGAAUUGCCAUCUUCUGACCGCGACCGGCAAGACUAUCUCAACUGCCGAGACGGAAUGGAGGACGCAAAUGCAAUCGCAGACUGCUCGCCUCACGCCCAUCGAUCUGCGUCCGCUCCUCCUGCUACUGUCAACGCCGCUCUACGGGAAUAAGACGCUGUCACCCGCAAGGACACACAAAUACACAUAAAGAACAUCACGUACACGACGCGGCAACGCUGGGUUUUAGAGGUCCGUUUCUGUGGAUACCGAGAAAAAGACGACAGAAUCGAUGCUCUUUCGCACCUGUGCUCCCCUAGUUUUUUACGAGUGUAAAGGAACAGCCGACCACAGAGACUUUGAUACAGAUGACUUCCUUUACACGUUUAUUCUGCAUGUAUAGGCACGGAAGCCGAACCAGUUUGCUUCAAGACAUACGAAUGUUUGCUGUGUGUGGGAAACGUGCACUCAUGUGCGCCUGUGCUUUUGUAGAGAACCAUAUAUACUGGAUGUGAAAAAGGAACAGGGAAACACGUGCUGGUAGGGAAAUGAUUCAGGUGUAACAGCUGUGCAUGCAUAACCACAGUGCAAAAAGUGGACAUAUCUGCAAGAAGGUAUGGUACGUGUGUGUGUAUGUGCUUUUCUUUUUGACCUGCGUGCAAACAAGUGAUCCAAAAACACAUACUACGGGCGUUCACGCUUUUGUCUGAGCCUCGUGAAUGCAGUCCCUCGGUUGUUGUUCCUGUCUGUGCAUGAGUUGAUUGUGCGAGGUGUGCUUCUGAACAGAGAAGCCUUGAACGUUGUCCGCCGGUUAAGUGCAUUUACUACCUCCUUUUUCCUUGGGAAUGGUUUCCCUCCCCGACUUGAACGUUUGAUUCUGGGGCUUGCCUUCCCUUCUGCUUCUUCCUCUGUGGGGCGCUUCUUGGGUUUCCUCCUUGCUUGGUUCGUCGGACGCACUCUUCUUGGUCAAUUCUAUUUGCUUCCA